AUGAGGGUUCAGGCCGAAGAAGAGGAAUUCUCUCAAUGGCUUUUAAAACUUGGUAGUGGAACAUUACCUUUAAAAGCAGAUGGUUCCUUUCGCGGGUGCAUUGAGAUUCCUGAGCAAUGCUUGCUUGGAGAAAAUGAAUCUUUAGUAGACAAGAUUUUUGGAGUUUCAGAAGAAGAUGAUUAUGCUAAACGUGCCAUUUUGACACCCAAUAAUGUUGAUUCUUUAGCAAUAAAUGAAGAAGUUUUGGACCGCUUACCAGGUGACGUUAAGGUUUAUUUAAGUGCUGAUACUAUUGAAACAGAUGAUCUUAACGAAAUCAAUAAUUUUCCUGUUGAGUUUUUAAACAGUCUUACUCCAUCAGGAAUGCCUGUUCAUUGCCUAAAGCUAAAAAUUGGUGCUGUUAUAAUGUUACUUCGAAAUUUAGAUCUAAAAGCUGGACUUUGCAAUGGUACCCGAUUGAUAGUGCGUGCUCUACAAAAUAAUUACAUUGAUGGGCAAGUUCUAACAGGUGUUUCAGUUGGCAAGAGGGUAUUUGUCCCUCGGGUUCAGUUAACACAAUCUGAUUCAAAUUUACCUUUUACUCUUAAGCGUCGUCAAUUUCCUGUAAGAUUAGCAUACUCAAUGACCAUAAAUAAAAGUCAAGGUCAAACUUUUGACAAAGUUGGUAUUUAUCUCAAAAACCCUUGCUUUUCACAUGGUCAACUCUAUGUUGCAUGUUCAAGAACAAGAUCGUUUAAUACCUUAUUUUUUAAAAUUGAUGAGCAUUCAUUACAAGGUAUGUCAUUUAACAAAUGCUACACAAACAAUGUUGUAUUUACCAAUGUACUAAAUCUAUAAAUAAUUAAUUUUUUACAAUUAAACUCCUCAUUUCUUAUAAAUAUUUUAACUGUAAUUUAAAGUAUUUUUGUGUGUUGCUUGAUGCAGUAAUGUGUGAUAUUUAUU